AUGGAACACCGCUAGGGAUCCAUGGCGUCCGUCAACGCCACCAAGCGACCGCGACCGGCAACAUCAGUUUGCGCGAAAAAAGCGCGAGCUUCCCAUUGGCUGCCUGCCGCGCAAGUCCUCUCAGCGGGAACGACGAAUUCACGGGGACGAAGUUCCAGGCCCGGGGGAAAGGGAGAGGGGGGGAGGCAGCUCGGAUUGAGCAUUACCAUUCAGGAAGAGGGGUUGAGGUUUCCUGAAAGGGGUCGGAUCGAUAGCUCGACUCCAUCCAUUCCGAGUUGAAACCCUUCAUCCCUUUAUUUCCGUGUCGGCUCGCGGAAUUUCCUCAUCGUGCCCCCGGGCCCCUGUGUCGCGACCUUCCGUCGGCCCGCAAUUUUUCUCCCUUUCCGACGGCGUUUCCCGGGUUUUCUUCGCGGAACCCGAGGCUCUUCCUUCCUCUUAUCGUGCGGUGGGAAUCUGGACGGACUUAAUUAUAUCGUCGGUGCGGCAAUAGCGAUGCGCAUCGUCACUCCUCAAGCAUAUCACAUUAACUCAACUCUUACCUAUUAUAAUACUUUUCGUUUUCUCUCUUUUUCACGCUCGGAUCGUCGAGUGUAGUCUUCGCUUCGCUCGCGUUUCUCAAUCGCCGUCGCUAUCUGUCAACUCCUCGACUGCCUCCGCCGAUGUAGGUUAGUCUCGUCGCCAAAGCAUCCUUUGUUUAUCCUACGCUUGGCCCCCUCAUCCAGUCUCUACGGAUCUUACUGAGAAACUCAAGUUUUUAAAGUGAAUCAAGGGUUUUCACCCCGUCCAUGAUUUUUUCGUACAAGUUUGGGUAUCCUUGACGUUUGAUAUGGAAACAGUCGAUUUUGUGCAGCUCAAUUUAUCUUGAAUUAGCCCCGGUUGAUUUUUUUUGUCUCCGAUCGGUGAAUAAAUGAAAUGAUGACAGUGACCGAAAACUACUAUUUUAUCAAGUGAUUUAGAUCAAGUGUACCUUGCUGAUUUCGUCCCUCAGCACAUGAUCUUUUAGUGAUUAAACUAUUUUUAAAAUGAGUUUUUUGUGCGUCGCUCAAAAGGACAGAACUGCUCCGCUGUGCACCUACAGUUUUUAGAAGCUCAAUGUCUAAUUCACCUCUUAGCCUCUCUGCUCAAAAGUUUUCAAGAUGACAUCAUCAAAUGAAGAUAGCUCGUCCAAACGGAGUUGCUGUUCUUUUCAACAUGGUCUGAGCCCCAUUGAGCACAGGAAAUGGCGAAGAGUGCAUGGACUCCAAUUUCCGCUGCACCCGCAACAAGUUGGAGGAUGGGUCGCUCUUUUCCUCUUUGGUUUUGGAUCUUUUUUUGUCCUGAUACCUUCCCUAGGCCCAAGUUUGCAACCUUUCAACAUGGCACUCCUAGGGUGUUUGUUUGCUGUUCACAUUGUCUCUCAUUUAACUGCCCUGUUGCUUGAUCCUGCUGAUCGGCAACUACGUUUAAUUAACCCACGCUCAAAAGCUGUACCAGAAUUUGACCGUUCAAAACAUGCUCAUGUGAUUGAAAAUGGACGCUGUCAUUUAUGUAAUAUUAAAGUGUCUAGUCCACGCACCAAACACUGCGCUAUUUGCAACAAAUGCGUUGAGAGAUUUGACCACCACUGCAAAUGGUUAAACCACUGCAUUGGUGGCAGGAAUUACACAGCAUUCAUUGUAUGUGUUGUCUCUGCUGUCCUGGCCACUCUUGCAAUUGGUUUUCUUUCAAUACUCGAAUUAAUUUUUUACAAUGUUGAUCCUGCCUGGCUGAGUGCAUGGACCGAACAAUCAAUUUUCAACACCACACUCAACACAUCAGCAUAUUUUCAGAAACCUUUACCCAUCGAUGAUAAUUUAUUUUUAAUAGUUAUCGUAGGACUAUGUAUUCUGGCAGCUGUAUCCGCAGGACUCUUGUCACAUUUGUGCCUCUUUCAUAUUUAUAUAGCCUUCCUGAAAGUUACAACGUAUGAGUACAUUCGCAAUUACCGGCAGUUGUCAACCAAAACUACUGCCCCUCCAAAUUCCGAGAGUGCUCAUACACUUACUAGUUUACAGCCUUCAAUCAAUAAUUCUGAUAAGUCAACCUCUGCUUUCUGGCACAAAAGCAAAUCAAGACUAAAUUGUCCUAGCUACAUUUCAAACCCCCUUAACUGUAAAAAAUUAAAAAAUAAUGAGGGAAACACAGGGGUUGAUGUCGAGAAUGGGAAAUAUAGACGCACAAGCUCAACUUCCUCCAUGAGUAACAAAGGAACUUUUGAUAAAGAAUUCUCCGUCGAGAGUAUUGACACCAUUUACAAUAGUAGUGAAAGUGAAAAUUUUGUCAAAGCAGCUUCAAAACCACCUGUUAAACGAAUGUUUCUUGCAUCACCAAAUAUCAGCACAAGUAGGAAAAAUUCUUUUCAAAAAACCUGUCAAGGAUGCAGGUAUUGUAAAGUGAUCAGCCGCCAUCGCCGCACAAGCAAUUAUAAUAAAAAUCAGUUAAAAUUUUUGAAACGCCAAAGAGGAGUGCAAAAGCGUGUCUACAUAAAAUUGUUACCAAAAUUUUGUUACAAUAAUGACUCAGUUGUUUUAUCCUCACCCUCUUUUCGCAAUAAUCAAAUUAAGCCCUCCAUACCACGAAACAUGAUGAAAACAAGUUCGUCUGAUGAUAUAUUGUGGAAACCAAAAGAUAGACUAUCCACUCCACUUCCAACGUUACCUCCACCAGCCAGGAGACAAAUUCAAAGUGUAUCUUUGAAAGAACUGGGUGAUGUUCUUGCCUUUGUUCAAACCCCCCAAAUCAAAAGACCUUUAAAUCCUGCAAGAAAACAAUUGCGGAAAAAAGUCAAUUCCCAAUGCCGCCCAACAAAGUCUCCUAGUCUGUCUCCAAUCCACGAGUCAGGACUUUCCAAUCCUUCCACUCCUCAAUUAAAAGAUCGUCUUCUGAAAACCCUGCCAAGUAACUCAUUUCCAGCAUAAGAGAUUCAAUAACCUCAGUUCAUGAAAACUAAGAAACAGAUUUACUUUUUCAUUGACUGACAACUCUUUCAGGACGAACUAAAGUGGAAAGAUUCAAAGGCUGUCUUCUCAUUUCCUCCUCGAUCGAGCAAUUCCAGUUUUUAAUUUUUUUGAAAAAUUGUACCUAUGAUGAUUAUGUGCUUUAAUCAGAGAUGAAAGUGAAAUUUCAUGAUAUUUUCCAUGAAAUUCCAUCGAUUUUUCCGGCACUGGGCAUGCGACCGAAUUUCAUUUUAUCAAUUUUGCAUCUCUUGCCUUGACCCUUUAAUAAUUAUUACUUUUAGCCUUGGUCAUUGCCAACUCACACAACCCAUCAGAGGGUAAACUGUUUCUAUAAUUGUGUCUGAUGUACUGCAAAACCAAGAAUCCUGCUGAUACCUGGAAAAUCAAUCAAAAUAUCAGGUGUAGGUAUAGACUUUAAUAUUUUCCCCCUUUUUUAAUCAAGUCAGGUACUGUUUAGGCAUUCUUUUUCUGAUACCUAUCUAGCAAAGUUAAUUCAUUGCAAAUUAGCAAUAGUUCAAAUGCGUGUGUGAAGAUUUAAUUCUUCACCUGAAAUUAUUACCACCAGGCACCAAAGCAUUAUUACAAUGUUUUAUUGAAAAUAUUAAAAAUAGAAACUCUUAUUCAUCAAUGAUUGUCGAAUGGGUGAAAUUUUAAAAUAUUUGACUUGAAGAAGAAAGAACUGAUACUUAAGUACGUGUUUAAUUUUCUUUGGAUCCCAUGUGCAUUGUGUUUUUAAAAGACAUAACAAAACAAGGAGGUCCAUAACCACAUUUCUUAACUCAGCUAAUAUAGAGGCCUCAAAAAAGCCCUCCAAACCUGUUCAGAUUACAAUUCAUCUCAAAGCAGCAUAUAUUGCCAGUUUCGUUCAAAAUUCAGCAUUUAACUAGUGGUCUAGGUAAUUUUAAAAGUAAGGAGAUUGAGUCUCGUAAAUUAGUUAUUAUUUAAAUUAUAUACUUAAAGCACUUAGGUACUGGAUCACUUGAAAUUUACUGAAAGAUCAUUCUGCAAUCUAGGUAUGUUAGGUAUUUUAAUUUGAGUGAUAGUAUGGAAAAAAAAAGUAUUGAGUCCUCAACCUUGGAGAUGAUUCCAUCUGAAUGGAGCAUGCCACCUCGUACAUCAGUCCCUUGUUUGACAUGUUUCAUAGUACAUGUGCAACCAUUCUUGUAAGAUCAACAAUUUAGCUAAUCACCUGUUUUAUGAUUUUUUGCUUAUGCCCCUCAGAUUUUUAAAAAAAGAAGGACAAUAAAGUAGGUUUUAAUGGUGUAAUAUGGAAAUGUUUUUUACGUGUAAAUUAUGAAUAGCUCUCCAAACAACCCACUGUCCUUCCCUCUCAUCUCAACCAUGUAUCUCUUGCUGAAUUUUACAUCAGCCUUUUUAAUUGAACAUCUGAUUUUUGUUCAUGUAAUUAUCUUGAAUCUAAUCGCAUACAGUCUGUCGAUUUCAAAUCAUAAUUGUUUCAAAGAGGAAACAUCACGAAGGUUAAUAUGAUUACUACUGUCAUCCUCUUUUUUAGACCAUAAUCAUGCUGUGAAAUUUGCAACUCAUGUAUCAUUUCCUGUAUCGAGAAUUGAAAUAUGAACAGGCAAUAUUUGUGAAAAUUGAAAAGCAGAUCUCCGCCUGUCUCAUUGAAUUGCAUACCUAUUGAUGAACCCAAAAUCCAUACAUCUUGACUUUCACAUUACGGUCUCCCUGUCAUUCUUCAAAUCUUAAUCUGAACACCAGUCGACGUAACAUCAUCAAAAUUUCCAUGAGUCAUCUAUGUUUCAAGGAAAUUCUUUGAAAGUGUCAAGCAAUUUAGUCAUCUAAUUAAUUUCCCUUGAAAGAAGUAAAGUAAGAGCGGAAAUUCUAAAACACCGGCGAGAAUCGAUGUACCCACAUGGUUUUUAUGGUUGACCAUGGAUAUGCUAUCACCAUUUCAUGAAAGUUUUUAUCUGUUUCUCUGUGAUCUUCAAAGUUAACCAGAAAACUACAUGUACAUGCAUUCAUG